GGUACCGAUCUACGUACCAGAAUCGUCAUCCAUGCUACAGCAUUUCGUGGAGUGGUUAACCGGCAGGAAACCAGAAUUAAUUGAUCCCACCAUAUUGGCAUCCGGCAACGGCAGAGAACUCACACGCAUGAGGGUUGAAGGAGUUGUUACCGUAACGUUCAACAUCAUCUUGAAGGAUUUGUUCAAGCUGGGUUACGACAACGGUGAAAAAUGGAAAAAAUGAUAACACGUUAAUUGUCUCAAUCUGAAGAGGAUUAUUGAGAUUUUAUCAAGGAAAUACGAUAUAUAAUAAUCCUAUUUUAUAAAUAAUAUUUUAACGAAUAAACAAUUGUGAAUUUUCCGUAUAA